AUGGAAGCCAAUCUUAAGUUGGGUCAAGAUGAGAAGGGAGACAAGCUUGCUGAUCUAAAGUUGUUUAGAAGAAUAAUAGGGAAACUUCAAUACCUUACCAUCACAAGGCCGGAUAUUUCUUUUUCCGUGAAUAGAUUGAGCCAAUUCUUGGCCAUUCCUAAAUCUAGACACCUAAAGGUAGCUGAAAGAGUGCUACAGUAUAUUAAGAAUUGUCCUGUACAGGGACCUCUUUUUCCUGCAACAUCAGAAGUUAAGCUCAAGGCUUUUAGUGAUGUGGAUUGGGCAGCUUGCCCUGAUACUCGAAAAUCUACUACAGGGUUUUGUAUUUUUCUUGGAGACUCCCUAAUUUCUUGA